AUGGAGGUUCCCGGUUCAUCGAAGAAGAUGAUCGCAACGCAAGAAGAGAUGGUUGCAGCAAAAGUGCCGCUCGGUUACAGAGACCAGUGCGCGCAUCUCCUGAUUCCGCUCAACAAAUGUCGCCAGGCAGAGUUUUUCCUCCCGUGGAAGUGCGAGGACGAGCGCCACGUGUACGAGAAGUGCGAGUACGAGCUCGUCAUGGAGAGGAUGCUCGCGAUGCAGAAGAUUCGCGAGGAAGAAGCCAAAGCGAAACAGAAUAAGCUACAAGGGAACGGCGUUCCUCUAAUCCCUAAGACAGCUAAUGCUUAGGCCUUAGAUUUCGAUCUCCGGGAUUCUCUGGAACUGUGAAGAAGGUGGGGGACUCUACUUUUCAAUAUUUUCUUCUUGCUAGUGAUGAAAAACUUGUUGCUACAUUUUCAUGUGUAUGUUCAGAGAUGCAAGCUCAAUAUUUUCUUCCUCUUGUUUAUUUAAAGUCGUUUCCCAAACAAAAAAAAAUAAGACGCAAACUCAUUUUUUUGUUA